UUGGGAGCACAAUCUUAGGGAAAACAGCAGUGUUUUGGUAAUACAGAGGCAAAGUCAUAUCAGGCGUUUAUUUAUUUGUUUUUUUAAAUAAUAAUGGAGGAUCAGGAAAUGCAAUUGAAAGUAAAAAGAGUGACUGAUAAGUUCACGGAGAGUAUGUGUGUUUUGGCAAAUGAACCGUCAAUAGCCCUUUAUAGGUUACAAGAACAUGUCAGGAGAUCUUUGCCAGAGCUCGUGCAACAUAAGACAGACAUGCAGAGCUGGGAGGAACAGAGUCAGGGAGCAAUUUACACCGUCGAAUAUGCAUGCAGUGCGGUUAAAAGCAUGACAAAUAGUAGUCUCUAUUUCAAGAACAUAGACUGUCUGCUCCGGCAAGCCAUAUCUCUGAAGGAACAGAUCAGCAGCUCGCAGGGACGAAGAAAAAGAGCUUUGGAUCAUGGUAUGCAUAAGGAUGGAGGAGAAAAGCAUGGCUCUGGGAUGUGAAAAUACACACUGAUGAAAGCCUGGAUGAAAUGGUGUGCCAUAAUCACUUGGUGUCUGCAACUUUUAUUGAUGAUGGUCAAUAGUCUACAGUAUGGAAGCCCAUUUUCACCUCAGGAUUACAAAAUAAAAGUCAUUUUGAGAUUAAAACAUAAAGCAAAGUGAGAAUUGCGUGAUUUAAUGUAACAUUUUAACAUGAAGUUAUAUUAUAAAUAUAAAGCCAUAAUUGUGAGAUUUACAACAGUCUCAUUGUAACAUGAAGUCACAUUAUAAAUGUAUUUACAUUUGAGAUAAAUAGACCUGCAAUUGCAAGGAAAGUAUUGAAAUUGUGUCAUUUAAUGUAAUUCUGUAACGUCACAGCUGUGAGACUGAAAGAAUCGCAUUGUGACAUGAAGUCGGGUUAAAUUUUUUAGGGGGUUUUCACCUUUAAUUUGUAUAGGAAAGUGGAGAUUACAGACAGGAUAUUAUUGGGAGCCAAGAGAGGGGGAGGGUUGGCAAAGAACCUCGAGCCGGGACUCGAACUCAGGUCGUCGUGAGCACCAUGGUACUAUAUGUUGGCGCACUUAACCACUAGGCUAUUGGGGCGGACAUGAAGUCGAAUUUUAAAUAUGAAGUCAAAAUUGCUCAAUGGAAUGUCACUGCAAGGAAAAUAUUGCAAUUGUGAAACUGGAUGUGUCACGUUAUAAGAUAUAAAGUCACUAUUGUGAGAUUUAAAGUUUCAUUGCAAAUUGAAGUUGCAUAUUAAGUCAGAAUUGCAAACUUUAUUACAAUUGGGAUAGAUGUAUUUGCAUCUUCAAAUAAAAUAACACAAAUCCUAAAUGUAAUGCAUCACCCUAACAGUGUCAAAUUAUGAAAUAUAAAGUCACACUGGGAUGUACAAUCUCAGAUCGAAGAUAUAAAGUUGCUGUUGCAAAUAAAAAUAUUGUAAAUGCAAAAUUUUAUUUGACAAAAUAUAAACAGUGCCACAUUUUCAGAUUUAAAAUCUCAACGCAACAUUUAAAGUAACAUUGUGAGAGUUAAAGUUACAAUUAGAAAAUAUAAAGUUGUAAAUGCAAGGAAAAUGUCAAAGUUAUCAGGUAUAAUGUAACAAAAUACUAUUAUGCACAAUAUAAUAAAUUGCAGCUGCAAGGAAGAUAUCAAAACUGCGUGUAACAAUGUAACAUAUAAAGUUGAAUAUGAAGUCUCAAUUACUUCUAUUUUUGACUCUGAUUACCAAAUGGGCUUCCAGUGAUACAGAAAUGAAAAAGAUGAUGUCUGAUGUAAAAGAUGUAAGGAUCAACAUAUUUUAUAAGCUGCUUUUGGUGUUUUGUUACAGUUUUUGGACAUUUUUGCACUGUAAAUCUACAUUAGGAUGAUGUAACACUCUUUAAAUGUGUAUAUUGUGAAUAUAAUUAAAGUUUUUAAGCACAA